CACUUUAAUAUCCCAGACUGGCUUUGUUUAGUACAGAGAGAGAAAGAGAGAGUUGCAUUUGUACCUAUAUUUGUAGGUCAUGGCUUCCUUUGCUGUGGCAUUCUCACACUUUGCAUUCCUUUUGCUGUCUGUUGUGUCAUUGGGGAGUUCGCUGAGCUUAGACUACUACGACAAGACGUGUCCCAGUGCCGACUUCAUUGUUUCUAAAGCUGUCAGGAAUGCAGCUUACAAAGAUAAGACUGUCCCUGCUGCACUCCUCCGAAUGCACUUUCAUGACUGCUUUAUAAGGGGUUGUGAUGCAUCUGUAUUGCUGAACUCAGUAGGGAACAACAAAGCAGAGAAAGAUGGGCCCGCUAAUUUAUCUUUGCACUCAUUUUUUGUGAUCGACGACGCGAAGAAAGAACUUGAAUCCUAUUGCCCUGGUGUUGUCUCUUGUGCUGAUAUCUUGGCUAUGGCGGCAAGGGAUGCGGUUGUGCUGUCUGGAGGUCCAACAUGGGAUGUUCCUAAAGGAAGAAAGGAUGGAAGGGUAUCAAAGGCAAGCGAAACAAUACAAUUGCCAUCUCCAGCCUUCAACAUUUCUCAGCUGCAACAAAGCUUCUCCCAAAGGGGACUAUCCUUGGACGACCUAGUUGCUCUGUCAGGAGCACACACCUUAGGAUUUGCUCAUUGCUCAUCCUUUGAAGGUAGAAUCCGCAACUUCAGUCCAGCCAGCAAUGUUGACCCUGCAAUGAAUCCAUCGUUUGCAGGAAGUCUAAGAAACAUGUGCCCAGUAAACAACAAGGCAAAAAAUGCGGGCGCUAACAUGGAUACUUCUCCAACCACAUUCGACAACAAUUACUAUAGACUGAUACUCCAAAAGAAGGGCCUGUUUUCUGCUGAUCAAGCUCUGCUCAACUUUCCCAAGACCAAGAAUCUUGUUAAUGAGUUUGCUAGCUCAAAGGAAGCUUUUACCAGAGCAUUUGUUAAUUCCAUGAUCAAGAUGAGUAGCAUCACUGGAGGACAGGAGAUCAGAAAGAAUUGUAGGGCAGUGAACUAAAAGCUACUCCUGAUAGCUCUGUGUGUUUUGUUUGCUAGACUAAUAAUCGUCUAUUUAAGCAAUGGGAGCUAAGUACCCAUGGCUAGAUUGUAUUCA